AUGGCAUCUUACUAUCAAGACGAUGAGGUCGAUGACCGAGACCGGAGACGUCGUGGUACAGCUCCUACACAUCGUCACAAACAACCAGUGCGCUUUGCAAGUCCAGUGGCAGAGCCUGAAUCUUAUCGCUGGAGACGUCCAGAACAGCGACGGCCAUAUGCUCGGUUCCCUUCAGAGGAUCUCGUUGGGAGCGAAACAGAGAAUCGCACCAGCCGUUCGAAGAGUCCCACUCUUCAGGAAAAUAACAGACAGACAAGUUCGCCCUCUCCUAUUCCGAAGCCCGAACCAGCUGGUAGGAGUGAGACUGUAUCACCAGAAAGGUCCACCGACCGGCCAAUAUCACCAGUAAAAGACGCUGCGUGGGAACCUCGUUCUCCACAGGUGCCAGAAAGAGCAUCGAGUGAAGGUUCAUGGAACGCCAGAAAUGCUUUCUACCCCCCAGGCUACUCUGAAUACUCAGAUGAUGAUUUCAAUGUUCGGGUUCGACGAGAUCGCAGCUCUCCAGAACCUCCAUAUCGAUCGUCUUCCCCUCCCGUAGCACUUCAAAGCGGGAGUGGCUACUACAGUGUAAACGAUCACAAAUUCUGGACUGCAACGGAAGCUUUUCAAGAUGUGCAUCGUGGGCGCAAACGUGAACGCGGACAGGAAUGGGCGAAAUCCUACAGCGGUGCAUCUGGGCCCAGUCUCCCUAGUCCAAUUCGCUCUCAGCAUCGAUAUCGCUCCACCGCUGGUCCUGUACCAUCGAGAGGGACAAGCUUCUAUGACGAAGAUGAAGAUUUAGACGUGAGAGUCCGAACGCGGGAGCCAUACCGUCCUAUCUCGUUUGUCUACCCUGAACGUCGCACUCGCACGACGCCACGAACUCUACCUUCCCGAGGAACUAGCAGGUAUGAAGCAUCGGAAGAUGAGCUCGAUAUUGGAGAGAGGAGAGGUCAGGAUAUUCCUGCCAAAGUCAUCUAUUCAGAGCAUCGACAUCGUCCAUUCCCUCGACCGUACUAUCCACCCCCAGAGAUAAAUCCUAGCCCGCGGCGAAGCAGGCGAGAAAUCUCACCAGAGCGAUCUUUCAGUAAUAAUAAUCGUUAUUACAUUUAUUAUGGAAAUGAUCAGUAUGGGAACUACUCUCACGACAGAAGAAGCCGGUCUAGAUCUCCAUCCGCUCCUGUACCACCGGCGGCAGCACCUGUCAUCAUUAACAAUCGGAUAUACAACGACAUCGAUAACGACGACUACCUCAGUCUCGGCCCCGCUACAACUGCUACGGGCCGAAGUAGACCAAUCAUAAGCACUGCACCGCUUCCAGUGAAGAAUCAUAUCUAUAAAGAUUACGCUGAUGAGGAUUAUGAUGCAUUGGUCACUCGUCUAGGUGAACCAGAUCUUGGGUUUAUUACUCAAGCCUACCAGUUCUCACUCUCGCGUCACAGCAAGAGCCUGCAAGGUAGCGAUAGCGAUCUCGGUUCUAUUUCUGAUACAUCUGAGAGAGAUGAGCCGCGCGCACAAGAGAAUUCCAAGAAAGCAUCUGAAUCCGGGAAAACAUACAAUAUGCUCCGUUCUCAGUACAUUGGCGAAGGUGCGAUUGGUAGACCUCACUCUGUGCAGCUAACAUUGAUGCCUGAACCUGUUUCCACUCAUCUAAAAAGAGUUUCUCCUGUCUUCAGAUGGGUGCAUUUCGAAGACAAGAAUAUGGAUUUUGAACACUUCGAAAAUAACACGCUCAACAUUCCCGGACUCACAAGUCUGGAGCAAAGUUCCAUUUCGAAAUUACUCGGUCGUGUUAGGAAGGGGUGGGACAAGCCUCUACAAACAGCAACCAAAACUAAAGCCAGAUAUAUGGUGCCUUCAUUCCUGCAGGACAACUUGUCAGAGGAGAAGAUAUCGAAGACUUCAAGAAUGAGAACAAUAUCGUGGGUUUGCCUCCCAUACUUCGUUUUGCAGCAAUACUCCGCUCCCUCUGGAUCAAGAGCCUCGUCUCAUCCGAUGAGAACCCUUCUCCAGGCAAGAUUCGCCUUGACACGGAAGGAGAGAGACAUGAAGCAGGCAGUACAAGGGCUGGGAAAUACUCCACCUGAACACUGUUACUACAUUGCGCAAGUCUGGUUUCUCAUCAUUGAUGACUGCAGCCAUGAUUGUAUCUUGCGCUCGCCCUUCCAUGACCGCUCUGCGGGGGGAUUCAAUUUCAGUCCUUCCCCCACCGGAACCAGAAAGUCCCUUGCUCUCUCCAAACAUUCUUGUCUCCACAAAGAGUUCUCUCCUCUGGGCGCUACCGCUGGAAGAAUGCCAAAGUUGGUUUGUAAAUCAAUCGUGGCUGAAGAUUGGCCGAGACUUCUGUUACUCGCGAAGAAAGCUACGAUUCGCCUCUCUUUGGAGCUCCAAAUUCUUAAAAGGGUGGAACCAACACGAGGCACCCUGUUAGAGGACCCAACCUCCGAAGAAAGUGCGCACAAAGAGCGAUCCGCGCCGAGUCCAUCUCUCAAACCAAAAGAUCACCAACGACACAAGAAUAGACACAAGAACUCGUCCGAACGAAGCAAAGAAGAGUUCCACGUGUUCACGUGGAUGAACUCCAACAACGAAAUGCAUAAUGUGAGUCCCGGGAUCACGGCUACCAAUGUUGACUACAUCCUAUCAGGCUUUGAGAGUCAAGGGUUGGAGGAUGAUUUGAAAGAGAUGGACGAGUACCUGAGCACCGAGAUCAACCUUAGCCACCGCCUAAUCUACAACGCCGCUCCGUCGAAGACUAGAGUGGAACUCUAUGAAUUGCUAUCGAGUAUGAGGAAAGAAGCUGUAUCGGAUGAAAGGUCCACAACGCCCCAAAUCAAGGUAUACGAAGCUGUGGUCGACGUGGUCAAUGCAGCCGAGGUAUUGUUUCGAUUCUUCCUACCCUCGAACUACGAAGGCACUAUGGUGAAUAAGUACUGGGGAGCAGUGUACCAAUUGCUGAAGCUAUCGCAAUCAGGACGUCUCUCAGCGCGAAAUGUUUCUGAAGUGUUGGAUUCGCUCAUCCUGCUCAAUCAAAGCACCGUGCCCUUCGCAGAACUGUUCUCUCAAAUGCCACUUGUAGAAAGAUCCAAUGCUCAGAUCCCCGAAGAGCUUACAACAGCUUGGCUACACCUCGUUCUGGGGCUAGCCUCAUGCCCCAAGGAUCUGCGACUCUUUGAUACGCAAAUGACUACGUGUGUGGAGCUUGUAGAACAAGGUAUCAGGAAGGCUGUCAUGGCUCUGACGAAACUUUAUGAAUUGCCGAACUACGCCGUCUUCCAGCCGUACGAGUUUGCCUUGUUGAUCGCGUUCCAACUGUCUCGCGACGACGGCGGAUCAUCGACCGAAAUAUCCGACACCUAUCUGGAAUACUUAAAGUCCCUGCAAUCCGAUAUUGAAGCCAACCCACUCGAUCGGAACCACCAGGAUCGGAUCGUCUGUCUGAAGCAAGAGAUUGAAGUCAUCAGCGAAACCUUGGACGUCCAGCAGUACAUUCUGCGGCAAGCUCAACGCGGGUUCGGCGCCUCUCGCACUGCAGGGGCCCGUGAGGAUGCCGACUAUCCCAGCCACAAGCUGCCUCCGCCAUAUACGCACACGAGAAGUUUCCCAGCGCUGGAGUCGACUGGUAUGCAAAGCCUCAUCAUCCAGGACAGCCUGGCACUGAUAGAGAAUCGCAUCCGAGGCUUUAGAGAAAUGCGUGAGAUUGCAUCCGAACUCGGAGACUGGAACAUCCAAAAGAUCGAUUCCAACAAGGACCGCCAAGAGGCAGCCAUCUACGCCUUCACCAUCGUAACUAUCAUCUUCCUCCCGCUCGGCACCAUCGCAGGCAUCAUGGGCAUGAACACGGCCGACAUUCGCGCCAUGCCUUUCCGCCAGUGGGUGUACUGGGCCACCGCCCUCCCGCUGACCGUCACCGUCAUCGUGCUCUGCCUGGCCUGGGCAGGCGAGCUGAACAACUUCUGGGCGGGCCUCCGCCGUCGGCUAAUGUGGAAGAGGGACACCACUACCACCAGCAGCUUGCGGGAUUACGCCACGGCUGCGAAGUAUGCGAAGCGGUAUGAAGAGACCAUUGAACGGCGGACCGCGGGGUAUGAUGAUCGGCGGCGGGAGCUCGUGAGGUCCAGGAGGAGGUCGGGUACGGAUACGCUGUUUGGGAAGAGGGAGGAGAGGAGCUAUGUCUGA